CCUGCGGCAAUACUCCUUCAUCUUCCUGCACGCGUUCGAUGAGCGGAAAACCAGCACCCAAACCUCGACCCUCAACAAGUUCGUUACAGCAAACUGGUGUUUACAAAGCAGAGUCUAUCAAGGAUGUUGCGGAAUUUCUGAAUGUCAAUAUAAGUGACUCAGUAGCAGUUGCACUUGCUAGUGAUGUUGAAUAUCGAAUACAUCAAGUCGUGGAAGAAGCAACCAAAUUCAUGCGACAUGCACGUCGUACAACUCUUACCACCGUUGAUAUUGAUCAAGCUCUGCGUGUCUUGAAUAUUGAGCCACUAUACGGUCAUACUCCCUAUGCACCACCCACCUUCAGACGCGCUCUACCUUUUGUCUCUGGAGGAUCAGCUCCAGCUGGCACGGUUUACUUUGUGGAAGAUGAAGAAAUCGACUUCGAUCGUGUUCUCAAAGAGGAAAAGAUAACUCUACCUAAAGGUGUUAGUUGGACUGCCCAUUGGCUCGCGGUCGAGGGUGUGCAACCCUUGAUACCUGAGAAUCCACCUGCAAUACCGAGAGAAGGCGAUCUUCCGGAAACGGACAGUGGUGGCGCGAAGGAUGCGGUGUUGAGGAGAGCCAACGGUGUUGUUUCCACCACAAGUGGACAACCAGCCUCAAGUGGAACUGAUUCGACCACGAAAAAGCAGCAACAGCAGCAACAACAACAACAACAGCUUGUGAAAUCGACGCUAUCCAGGGAGCUCCAAUUGUAUUACACGCGAUUAACCUCUUCUCUUCUCCCCCCUACGGUAACUACAUCUGCUGCAGAUAAUCUCAAACGCACAGCAGCACUCGCCAGCCUCCGAAGUGACGCUGGUCUUCAAGCUCUCUUGCCCUAUUUAAUCCGUUGGGUUGGCGAAGGUGUAGUGAGCUCCUUGAAAGGUGGUGCCCAAAGUGAAGUAGACGGGCGCGCAUUGGAGGUGCUGAUUGAAGUCAUACAAGCCAUUCUGGACAACACCACGCUUUUUGUCGAACCUUAUUUGCAUCAACUCCUUCCCCCUCUACUCUCCACCCUUUUACACUCUUCAGUGCCGCCCUCCCAUGCAUCGAUCCUUCGUACGACCGCAGCACAAACGCUUUCAAAGUUGUUAACCAAACAUUCGACCACGUAUCCCUCCCUUUCACCCAGAAUCAUGAAAACACUUCUCCUUGCGCUCAUUAGUCCAGAGAAAAGUGCUGGCACGCGCGAUGGCGCGAUUCGGGGCUUGGUAGGUGUUGGAAAAGAGGCUGUGAGGAAAGGACUCAUAGAACGCGGGGGUGCCAAAGUCAUCGGAAACGAAUGUGUCCGAGAAGGAGAUGAAGAUCUCGCGAAUUCUGUUAUGGAUGCCCUCCUCGUACUGCACCCAACUCGAGCCCCAUCUACAUCAAAGACAGCCAUGGAGAAUGAACUGGAUAUUGCGAUGGCGGAGACGUUGGAUAUGGAACAUUCGGCCGAUAAGGAAGUCGCGGACCGGCUGCGAGAACUCAUAGGCGACUACUUCGCGGAAAAGGUGUUCGAUGACGCCAGUUGGGCUAGAGCCAUCGUGGGUAUCGAUGAACAGUAGUCAUAAAAUGCCCUCCCUGUUUCUGGAUCUCUGCUUGUCCACUGCUUGUUGUAAAUGUAUCCAUAAAGAUUGUAAGAUAUAUAUACAGUU